AUGGAUACCAAACCUGAGCCGGCGGCGACUGUGUCCUAUCACAUUGAGAAGGGCCCCGUUGCAGACUCAACCGCCGUGCAAAAAGCCAUGGACGCCCAAGAUUUCACACCCAAGCAGCAAUACCAGCGCCUGUGGGCAAACCUCAAAAAGGACAAGUGCUAUGUCUUCUGGUCGCUCUACAUCAUGUCCCUCGUCUUCGGAUGGGGUUACGACUCUGGCCUCUCAGGCGUUGCCAUCGCCUUUCCCGAGUUUCGCAAGGCGUAUGGAGAAUACUAUUCUGUCGGCGACCAAUAUGUCAUUCCGGCGCUUUGGCAGUCUCUCUGGAACGCGGCUAGCACCAUCGGCCAGGUAUUUGGAGCCUUCCUGACUGGCCAGUUUGCCGACUAUGUCGGUCGAAAGGCUGUGCUCUGGACUGCUGUCGUGCUGUCCCUAGCGUCGUCCUUUGCGCUUGUCUUUUCCCCGAAUCUGCCUGUCCUUUUUGUCUCCAAGCUUCUGCUCGGCCUCUCAGUCGGCCUGUCAACCGUCACACCCCCGCUAUAUGUCACCGAGAACGCACCCGCUGCCCUCCGAAGCACCCUCAGCUCCCUGACAAAUGUCAUCAUCGUACUGGGCUUCUUCCUCUCCUCCAUCACGGGCUGGGGAUCCUCCAAGAUUAACGGAGAAUGGAGCUACCGACUUGCGUUUAUCAUGACGUUCCUCGUCCCUACGCUCUUCGCUGUUGUUCUGCCGUUCCUCCCCGAGUCACCUGUUUGGUAUAUCAAGAAGGGCAGAGAUGACGAUGCUCGCAAGGCCAUCAUCAAGCUCUAUGGCAAGAGUGUAGACGUCGAGGAGAGGCUCAACUUUAUGAAGUCUGAGUUGGAAGUUGCAGCUGGCGAGGCCAACAUGGCCAAGCAGACAAGCUGGAGGGCUAUUUUCUCCAAGGAGCACCGAUCGCGGACCCUCAUUGCUGUGAUGGGACUGCAAUCUCAGAAUUUCUCUGGAGGCUACUUUGCAAAUACAUACCAGACGUACUAUUUCGAACUCAUCGGCCAGUCUGACCCCUUCGGACUUACCGCUAUUUCCUCGACCCUGCAGUUUCUCUCCAACUGCGUCGCCGUCUCUGUCUCGGAUGUCCUCCCUCGUCGAAAAUCCCUCAUCGGUGGCGGUACUCUGCUCUGCUGCUGGUCCAUCAUCAUCGCCGGGACCUCGCUCGCUAGCCAAGCCAACAACGCCGCCAACACAGCCCUUCUCGCCUUCAUGAUCACAUGGUCGAUGCUUUACACGGCGACAGUGGGAUGCUUCGGCUGGGCUGUUGCUCAAGAGACUGCCUCGCAGGCGACGCGUCCCAAGACCAUCGCCUUCAGUCUGGUGUGCCAGCAGCUCACGGCGCUCAUGCUGUCGUCCGUGUUCCCAUUCUUUAUCAACCCAGACCAACUGAACUGGGGUGGCAAGGUCAUGUUCUUGUUUGUUGGUGCCGAGGUUUUCAUCCUGGCAACUCUGUUCUGGUUCCAGCCUGAGACGAAGAACAGGACUUACCACGACAUUGACUGUCUAUACGCUGAAGGUGUUCCUCCGAGAAAGUUUAGCGAGUUUAUUGUGGAUGAUGGAACUGUUGUUCGAAGACCGCGCGUGUAG